GUGUGCGCUGCGCUGCUCUCUCUGCUCUUUACUUUAUAUUGUGGUGCGUUUAAUGACCGGCUAAAUGGUGACGCUUUCUCUGUAAACACUGAGGAGGAGGAAAGUUAGUUUAACUUCCAAGGCCUGUUGAAGCUGUGAGAUCUGUCAGAGAGCGUGGUGAAGGAGGCAUCAGGAUGAAGUCCAAAGGGAAAGCUGUGAAAUCAUCCAGGAGAACCUGGUCUGACCCGGAACCAGAACUAGAACCGGACACAGAACCAGAACCUGGAUCCAGUGAGCAAGAAGGCUCCGAAGACUCUUGGAGAGGGUCGUUGAGGAGUGGGGGCGGCAAGCGGAAAGGAGGAGGAGGUGGAGGCCGGCGGCGUAGGCAGUACGGCUCAAGCACCAAGGAACGCAGCGUCCGCCGGCUCGAGAGCAACGAGCGGGAACGCCAGCGCAUGCACAAACUCAACAACGCCUUCCAGGCACUUCGUGAGGCCAUUCCGCAUGUCAAGACUGACAAGAAGCUGUCCAAGAUUGAGACACUGACCCUGGCAAAGAACUACAUUAAGGCCUUGACCACCAUCGUCCUGGACUUGUCAGGGGCCUGUCUGCCUGCUGGUGGGGUCCCAUCAGAGGCCAGUGCCGCCAAGCUGCUCCAGUGCUACCAACAGCACCUGGAGGAGGAGGGAGAGGAAGGUCUCACCCAGUACCUCACCCACGUGCACAGCUUCAGCCAGGGCAGCUAACAGUGCCUGAAGGGUGGUUUGGAAAACAGGAGAGGCACCAGGAGGCUGGUCUCCAAGGCAGAGAGAGAUGUGGUUUGACUUUUUAGGACCAAAUCUCAAAUGAUGCCCAGUUCCUGUAGGCACACUGCUUUGAAAUCUGGUUAGAAGGGGUGUUUUCUGCAGGAGCAGGGUGCUCUUUCAGAUCAUAGACCUUUGACGAUAAAACCAGUUGAUCUCAUGACACUGGCACCCACUGAUGUUUGAACAUAGCAUGACACAGCUAAAGGUGGGCUGUGAACCUGCUCUUCAUGCAAAGUAAGGAUCUACUGAUGGACCAUCCCCUUAGCUGACACAAAGACUGCAGAUUGGACAGCAAAAACCAGAUGUACGACAGUCACGAAGAGUAAAAAGUUAAUUUGUUACAGUACUCAGAAAGAAAGGGCAAAUCUUUCACCAUUGGUCUUUUUCUCGUCUUGUGUGGUUUAAGCCGGGGGGGAGGGAGGGACUUGUUCUCUUUUGUGUUAUCUUAUGAUCGUCUUCUGUGUUUUUGUUGAGAAACCUGCCGAGGGUAGCCUCCAGUCAUAACUGUCACAUCAAGGAAGAAAAGACAAGCAGCAGCCCUAAAUAUUUGAAACGCUGAAGCAAUAAAGCGUAUUUGCUAAUGUUAACAAUCCACCACCAAGCUGAGAACACAGUUUACUUGUCUGUUUAUUCUGAAACAGGUUGUCUGUCUAUAGCUUGAAGGCACAAGUGAUGUUUUUAAGUGUGUUUUUUUCCUUUUUUUGUGUCCCUGUGUGUCUUGAGGGAGGACAUUGUACUGAAAUAGACUGGAAAAAACUGAGUGAACGAUGAGUUUAUUAUCAA